UUUAGGACCACGCGUCCUACUAAACUCUUUACAGCUGAGGGGUUGCACUCGAGUGGAUUUUAAACUAAGUUCCUGUCUCUGUUUAAGCCUACAAAUUGUAGAAGCAGAGUGACUGAGGAAGGAGUUGGAAUAUUUAUCCAGCUUUUCCUUCCAUAAACGAAUGAAAGGAUCGUGAAGACGCUCGUUUCACCCGCGGCUGGGAGCGACACCUGCCUCAGUUCUGCUCUCAUCCUCCACAUUUGGACCACCCUUCCGGGGUUAGUGUAUGUUUGUGAAUAUUCGAGAGGAUCAUUUACAGCUAUGUGUGCCAGUGGGCAGCCUCUGUGUUCAGGAAGCAGGCGUUCACCCACCAGUCAGGAGGGCAGUAGUUCAGGCUCCCAGUAUGCUCUCUGUGCACUGGGGGUGGGCCUGGUGGCUCUUGGUGUUGUCAUGAUCGUGUGGAGCAUAGUCCCUUCUGAAGUGACACAGUUGCACAAUUCUACAACCACGAACAAUGGAAUUGCCAGUGGCGAUUUAGGAAAGACAUCGUCUGUUGCAUUUGUGCUGGUUGGAGCUGGUGUUGUCAUGUUGCUCCUUGCCGUAUGUCUCGGGGUGAGGAACAGGAAGCGGACGAGACACAGGGAAACUGCAGGUGCAGGCCGUGCUGAUUAUGUGGAUAAUGUCCAUAGAGAUCAGGAUGAUGAAUCAAGUGAACCCAUACCCAGCUUUGACGUCCCCACCUAUGAGGAGGCGGUCACCAGCGGACGGUACCCUGUUCGACAGAGCAACUUGCGACAGAGUUACCUGCUGCCCUCGUACGAAGAUCUGAUUGGUGCCGUUGAAAAUGAAGGCCAGCAACCGAAAGAAGGUAAUGGCCUAGAGGCCCCUCAGCUGACUCCUGGCCCCGAACCCCAGCCUGCGGCGCCCACCCGCACCGGUAGCAGGGCCAGCCGCCUCCUCAGACCUCUCCGAGUGCGCAGGAUCAAGUCAGAGAAGCUCCACGUCAAGGAUAUUCGUUUGGAUAUCCAAAAGCCUGGACAGGGUAGGGUGGUCAUUGAGCCACUGACCCCACCACCACAGUAUGAGGACAAGCCCCCUCAACUACCCACAGAAGCAGUGUAAUCAUUCAAUCACU